AUGGUGAUGUACUGCACCUGUUACUGUGACAGUCACCUCUACGGCGGUCCUGUACAGUACAACCAGUCGUGGCCCAUAGAGUACGACGUGUACGACCACUACUCGUAUGUUACUAAACAGGAAGACAACGUCGGCAUUGCCGAGAGGUACUGGUUGUUCUCUGAUGGCACCUACAUCUACGUUCCGCCGUACGUCCCGCUUUUUAUCGAUCAAAAUACAAACGAGUCAGAGGAUUCGCUGUGCCUAAUCGCGGAGAACAAACCUCCUUAUCCCGUGGACCGGAAGGACAUGGUAAUGGAGCUGUACGUGUGUGAUUUUGACGAUGCCCAAGAAGCCCACGAGGAUGCUGUGGAAAACUUCCUAGGUAAGCCUUCAGGCAUCCCAGACGAGCGAAUGGUCACGUACCCCAUUUGGUCGACUUGGGCGCGGUACAAGAGGGACAUUGAUGAGGCGACAGUGAGGGAGUUUGCGUCAGAGAUACUCUCCCACGGUUUCAACAACAGCCAGAUAGAGAUCGACGACAUGUGGGAGAUAUGUUACGGUAGUCUGACAUUCGACUCUGAAAAAUUCCCAAACAUCACGGAUCUCGUCGACGACCUACACGCGCUGGGAUUCCGGGUCACGCUUUGGGUGCAUCCGUUUGUGAACUUGGACUGCGAACCUUACCACACCGAGGCUCUCGACAGUGGUUACUUCGUGAAUAACACUGAUGGCUACACCAACACGACCUGGUGGAAUGGAGAAGCUGGUAUCAUCGACUUCACCAAUCCCGAAGCAGCGGCCUGGUGGGCGGGACGCCUACGGGCACUUCGCAAUGAGACAGGCAUCGACUCGUUCAAGUUCGACGCUGGCGAGACGAGCUGGCUGCCCCAGCUGCCGGACAUCGAGCCCCGGAGGCUGAACCCUGUGCAGUUCUCCGCGGACUACCUGCAGACGGCUUCGCAGUUCGGCUCCAUGAUAGAGGUGCGCGUCGGACAGCAGAGCCAGUACCUGCCCGCGUUCGUCCGCAUGCUCGACAAGGACAGCAGGUGGGGCUUCGACAACGGCCUGGCUUCGCUGGUGACGACGCUGCUGCAGAUGAACAUGGUGGGCUACCCCUUCGUCCUGCCAGACAUGGUGGGCGGCAACGGCUACGGCAGCGACGUCCUCACCAAGGAGCUCUUCAUACGCUGGCUGCAGGCCACCGUCUUCAUGCCUGCCAUUCAGUUCUCCUACGCGCCCUGGGACUUCGACGACGAGGCGCUGGAGAUCUGCCGGAACCUCACCGAGCUGCACACGCAGUACGCGCCGCGAAUCCUGGAGCUUAUGCAGAAGGCGGUGGAGGACGGCACGCCGGUCAACUUGCCCCUCUGGUGGCUCGACCCCACCGACUCCACGGCACAGACCAUCGACUCAGAGUUCCUGCUGGGAGAAGACCUGUUGGUGGCGCCGGUACUGGAGGAGGGCGCCAUGAGCCGCGACAUCUACCUGCCCGCGGGCAGCUGGAGGGACGAGGUGGACCCCGAACACCCCACCGUAGACGGCCCCGCCUGGCUCGCCAACUACUCGGCUCCGCUCAGCGUCCUGCCCUACUUCACCAGGGUCGACAGCGCUUAA